AGUCAAAAGUCAGAAUUGUUUUUUAGAGAAUAAUUACAGAUAACAUGCGCAGAAUUACGAUAGACAUGCAGUCUCUCACAAUCGAAUUUUCAUUAUCGAUAUCAGUCUGUCGAUAUUCGCGGUCUGAGUUCGACUCUCUGCUCUCGGUAUUCGCAUACCAGCGCUUUCCCCCACUCGAUAUCCUUGUUUUCGUGUUCCUUCGUCCUUUUCCUAUCUUAUAUAUAUAUAUAUAUAUAUAUAUUUUCGACUCCCAAAUAACGGAAUUAUAAUACUUAUUUUUAGUAGCCUACACGUGUGUUACAUACAUUCUCUCGUUAUGGUCGUCAAAGGUCUGUUAACGAUAGCUUUAUUGCUUAUCGCAGGCCAGAGUGCUCUUCUUCAAAAUAAUGAAGUAGUGAAUAAUACAGUAGUGGAAGAAUACAUAGAAAAUAGAUAUCGGCUACCAAAAUAUGUCACGCCUGUUCAUUACGAUAUAAAAUUAAUACCACAUAUCUUGGAAGGUAACUUUACUUUCGAUGGCGAAGAGAGCAUCUGCAUUAAGGUAUGCAAACCGACAAACACGAUUGCAUUGCACACCGUACAACUGACAAUAGAUGAAACGUUGACAACACUGAUUCGCAAAGAGAACGAUGUAAAUGCUGCACCGAAUUAUGUUCGAAAACAGCAUGAAUAUAAUCGUGACACGCAAAUUUUGACUAUACGAUUCCAGGAGCGAUUGAAUCCUGGAACUUACCAGCUAUAUCUCAAAUUUACGGGUGUGAUUAGUACUGUUUAUCGUGGAUUCUAUCGAAGCUUCUAUACUGAUAAUGAAGGUCAUAAAGUAUGGUUGGCAGCAACGCAUUUCCAACCAGUCUCCGCACGAAAAGCGUUUCCAUGCUGGGACGAGCCUGCUAUAAAAGCGACCUUCAAAUUUUCCAUAAAACAUUAUCCUAAUUACACAGCGUUGUCGAACAUGCCGUCCAUACUAUCAGAGAUCGAUUCGGUUGAUGGAAAAUUGUGGACAUUCUUCGAGACGACACCUGUCAUGUCCACCAAUUUAUUGGGAUUUGUGAUCGCCGAUUAUGAGUACAUUUCGAAUUUAGAUGGUACCAUGAAAAUAUGGGGUCCGAGGCAUCUUCUUUCUUACGCCGCAUAUCCCCUUGAUAUCGCUGAGAAAGCAACGCGCGAACUCCAAAGAUUCACCAAUAGCACCGUUCAUGUGCCGAAAAUGGACCACGUUUCCAUUCCUCAUUAUUCAAAUCGUGCGACUGAAAACUGGGGCAUGAUCGUCUAUGUGCAAGACGUACUUCUUCAAAAUGAGAAUUCGCGUUCGAUAAUUGACACCAUGACAAUUACUCACGAAUUGGCGCAUCAAUGGUUUGGAAAUCUAGUCAGCCCGGCUUGGUGGGAUUAUCUUUGGUUAAGCGAAGGCAUAUCGACCUAUUUGAAGUUCUACAUUACGGACAAGUUUAUUAAAGAGUGGCGAUUGAUGGACUUAUUGGUGGUGGAAUAUGAACAACCAAACUUGUUUGAGAAUUUUGUCUCUUCCCAACCGAUCAACAUAAACAUUACUAAUCACUUAGAUGUCUUCAAUGCAUACUCUGGCAACACGUAUACAAAAUCUGCUAUUCUAUUGCGAAUGGUAUCGCAUUUCUUGAGGGAAGAUGUGUUUCGAAAUGGUUUGAUAAAAUAUCUUCAAGUACACGAAUAUAGUAGUGCUACACCAGACGAUUUAUGGAAAGCAUUGCAAGAUGCUCUCAACGAAUCAGACGUACUGCACAAUGAUUUUAAAAUAAAAGAAGUGAUGGACACGUGGUUCAAACAGGCAGCGUAUCCUGUCGUAACAAUCGAUCGAAAUUAUGAUACAGGUGAGAUUAAAGUGACCCAAAAGAGUGUUAAAUUUUCAUCUCUUAAUGACACUGAAACAAACGACGCAUGGUGGAUUCCAUUGAAUUAUAUUACCCAAAGUAAUCCGAAUUCUUCGUCAACUCUGGCUACUCAUUGGUUAAAACCUCAGGACGAGAGUUUAACGAUCGAAGGAGUCAACAUUAAUGACUGGAUUAUUGUGAAUAAGCAGUUGACAGGCUAUUAUCGCGUAAAUUAUGAUAUAAUCAAUUGGAAACGAAUCAUUGCUUUCCUUAAUUCCGACGAUUACGACAAAAUCCCAAUUUUGAAUCGUGCGCAAAUUAUCGAUGACGUUUAUCAUAUGAUAGCAACCCAACAGUUUGAUCUUAUUAAUUUUCUCGAAGUUAUAAAUUAUUUGUCGCGAGAAAUCGAUCCCGUCCCAUGGUAUCCAGUAUUCCGAAUCAUUAACAGAUUAAAUUCUUAUUUGCGGAUACCCCGUGUAGCUGCGAUCUUUAAACCAUAUUUCUUCAACUUGACGCAUAAGCUAUUUGAACAUAUCGGUUUUGACAAGCAUUCUGAUGAUGAUCCUGCGACUAUUAAAAUUAGGUCAGAUUUAAUGAACACUGCUUGUUUAUACAACAUAUAUCCAGACAUGCUUGACAAAUGUCGAGCAAAAGCUACCGCUCAAUUACUUGCAUAUAUGGAAAGUCCAAUCAGAAAAACAAUUCCAUUUGACCACCAAUUUAUUUGCUUUGGCCUGAUGCAAGCAAAUGAAUCUAUUUGGAAUCAAUUUCUGCAGAUGAAAGUAAAUGAGACACUAAAAUAUCUCAUAUUUCUUGGUUGUUCGGAGAAUUUAGACAUCGUUGAAAGGCAUAUAAACUAUUUUGAAGAAUAUCAUAUUUAUGAUUAUCUCUUUACAAAUAUGUUGCAAAAUAUGUCAAAUAUAGAUGCAACUAUUGAUUUCUUUAUUAAGAAAUUCGACAAGAUUGUUGUAAACCGAACUGAUGUUCUUCGUCUUAUUAUUAUGAAUACCGAGGAUGAUCAAAUUGAAAAGAUAAAAGCUCUUGCCGAACAACAUGGAGUCGACAUAAGUAUGUAUUUAGUUGAAAAGACAAAAACCUUAUCCAAAAUUAAUAAUAUGUUGGCCAAAAUUCGUAAUGCUCUCGAAAACAACCUAUUCUCUGUUGCAAUACACAUUACACUAAAUAAUGCUACAUUAAGAAAAUGAAUUUACUUUAAUAAAUAUAUGUGCAAAUAUGAAAAUAUUAUAAACAAUA